AUGUUUAAACAAACUGCUACACUUUUUCAGAAAGCAGCAUCUGCUGCGAAGCCAUAUGCGAAUAUGCUUAAGGACCCAAGUCAAAAGUAUACAGCUUUUAAAGGUGUUGCUUUACCUAACAGAACUUGGCCUAACAAGGCGAUUACCAAGGCUCCAAGAUGGUUAUCUACUGAUCUUAGAGAUGGUAAUCAAGCAUUACCAGAUCCUAUGUCGAUCGCAGAAAAGAAAGAAUAUUUUCAUAAAUUACUUGAGAUUGGAUUCAAAGAAAUAGAGGUUUCAUUUCCUUCAGCUUCUCAAACUGAUUUUGAUUUUACCAGAUACGCCGUCGAAAAUGCACCUGAGGAUGUUUCUAUUCAGGUUUUGACUCAGUCUAGAGAACCAUUAGUUAGAAGAACUGUUGAAUCAGUCAAGGGUGCUAAAAAGGCUACAAUCCACAUUUAUUUAGCCACCUCUGACGUUUUCCGUGAUGUUGUAUUCAAUAUGUCACAAGAAGAGGCUAUUAGUAAGGCAAUUGAAAUCACUAAGUUAGUGAAAUCGUUGACCAAAGACGAUCCAACUGCGCAAGAAACUGAAUGGUCCUUAGAAUUUUCUCCAGAAUGUUUCUCUGAUACCCCAACUGAAUUUGCUGUGGAGAUAUGUGAAGCCGUUAAGAAUACAUGGGAACCAACUGUUGAAAACCCAAUUAUCUUUAACUUGCCCGCAACCGUCGAAGUUGCCUCCCCAAACAUUUAUGCUGAUCAAAUCGAAUACUUCUGUAACAAUAUUAGUGAACGUGAAAAGAUCUGUGUUUCUGUACACCCUCACAAUGAUAGAGGAUGUGGUGUUGCUGCUGCUGAAUUAGGUUUGAUGGCCGGUGCUGAUAGAGUUGAAGGUUGUUUAUUCGGUAGUGGUGAACGUACCGGUAACGUCGAUUUAGUUACUGUUGCAUUGAAUAUGUACACCCAAGGUGUUGCACCAAACUUGGAUUUCUCUGACCUUGAGUCCGUCAUUGAAGUUACCGAAAGAUGUAAUAAGAUCCAAGUUCAUCCAAGAGCUCCAUACGGUGGUUCUUUAGUUGUUUGUGCAUUCUCCGGAUCCCACCAAGAUGCCAUCAAGAAGGGAUUCGCAAAGGCUGAAGAAAGAGUUGCCAGAGGAGACACAAAAUGGGCUAUUCCUUACUUACCAUUAGAUCCAAAAGAUAUCGGUAGAACAUACGAAGCUGUCAUCAGAGUCAACUCUCAAUCUGGUAAGGGUGGUGCAGCAUGGGUCAUCUUAAGAUCUUUAGGUCUUGACCUUCCAAGACAACUCCAAGUAGCAUUUUCAAGUAUCGUUCAAGAGAAGGCUGAUAGACUCGGAAGAGAAUUGUUAACCGACGAAAUCAAUGAUUUAUUCAAAGAGAAAUACAUGUCCCAUGAAAAGUCCCCAAUCGUACUCGAGGACUUUGAUAUUCCAAAGCCAGCUUCACCUUCUUCCAAGAACAACCGUGAAAUCAACGCUUCCAUUCGUGUCCACGGCAAUCCUGUAAACAUCGCUGGUCAAGGUAACGGUCCAAUUUCCGCCUUCAUCGAUGCUAUUUCAAACAAGUUCGGCACCUUAUUCGAGGUUGUCAACUACUCAGAACAUUUACUCGGCUCUGGAAGUCAAGGCAAGGCUGCAACCUACAUUGAAUUGAGUUACCUCAACAAGAACGGUGAAAGAGUCUCUCAAUGGGGUUGUGGUAUCCAUUCCGACGUGUCUGAAGCUUCCAUCCAAGCCAUUCUUUCUGUGGUUAACUCUUUAAUAGAAUCAAAGGAAAUUCCUGUAUAA